AUGCUUGUUGCCCGGUGUUUGGCGCUCCUCGCCUCCCUGGCCUGCGCCAGCGCGGUGCCUCUGGCGGAGAGAUCAGGCCCCCUGCCCCCGAGCCAAGACGCAUGGUAUCAAGUGCCCCGGGACAUCGACGCCAUGGAGCACGGCGCCAUCCUGAAGCACAGAAAGCCGCCGGCCCCCAUUGCCGCCUUUGGGGUCAGGCCGGUCAACCUCCAGGACGCCCACCAAAUCAUGUACAAGACCACCAACAGCCUCAACGGCUCAACGGCGGCCGUCACGACCGUCCUGGUGCCGCACAACGCGGACAUGGCCAAGGUGCUGUCGUACCAGUCCAUCGUCGACUCGGCGUGCGUGGACUGCGCACCGUCCUACGCCCUCCAGCUGGGCGCCAAGUCCAGCGUCGUCUUGGGCACCUUCAUGACCCAGGCCGAGCUGUUCCUCAUCGCGACGCUGCUGGACAGGGGCUGGGUGGUGGUCAUGUCCGACUACCUGGGCCCCAACUCGGCCUUCCUUGCCAACGUGCUCGCCGGGCACGCCGUGCUGGACGGCAUCCGGGCCGUCACGCAGUCCACCGCCCUCACCGGCGUCCACAAGGACGCCAAGGUCGCCCUAUGGGGGUACUCGGGCGGCAGCGUCGCGACCGGAUGGGCGGCCGAGCUGCACGCCUCGUACGCGCCCGAGCUCAACCUCGUCGGCGCCGCGCUGGGCGGCGUCGUGCCCAGCAUCCCCGCCGUCAUCAAGGCCCUCAACAAGAGCUACGCCGCCGGCCUGCUGGCCUCGGGCUUCCUCGGCCUGGCCACCGAGUACCCCCAGUUCGGCGACAUCGUGCAGGAGCAGGUCCUGCCGCAGCACAGGCCGGCCUUUGAAAAGGUCAGGAAGCAGUGCCUCGUCGCCGACCUCGAGGAGUUCCCGUUCCAGGACGUCGUCGCCAUGCUCCGGGACCCGGGGCUGCUCACGUCGGGCCCCCUGUUCGACGUCUUCGCCCGCGUCUCGCUCGGCAAGGCGGCCCCCCGGAUCCCGCUGUACGUCUACAAGCCGGUCCACGACGAGAUCAGCCCCGUCGCCGACAGCGACGCCCUCGUCGCCUUCUACUGCGCCCGCGGGACGCCGGUCCAGUACGAGAGGGACUGGGUGUCUCUGCACGGCACGCUGCUCGUCACGGGCGCGGCCAAGGCCCUCUCGUGGCUGGUCGACAUCGUCGACGGCGGCAGCCCGCCCCCCGCGGCCUGCUCCACCAGCAACGUCGUCUCCUCGCUGUUUGACCUUGAGGCUGUCAAGGUUUUCCCGACGGCCGUUCUGGACGCCCUGCUGGCGCUGCUGGGCCGGCCUAUCGGGCCGCUUCUUUGA